CGGCGGGCGGAGGGGAUGGCGCUCUCCGGGAUGCGCGGGCUGUCGGUCUUCAUCAGCGACGUGCGCAACUGCCACAACAAGGAGCAGGAGCGCCUCCGCGUCGACAAGGAGCUCGGCAACAUCCGCACGCGCUUCAAGCACGAGAAGGGACUGUCGCCAUAUGAGAAGAAAAAGUAUGUUUGGAAAAUGCUUUAUAUACAUAUGCUGGGUUACGAUGUUGACUUCGGGCAUAUGGAAACUGUUUCUUUGAUAUCCGCACCAAAGUAUCCUGAGAAACAGGUUGGAUACAUUGUGACAUCUUGCUUACUGAACGAGAACAACGAUUUUCUAAGAAUGGUCAUAAAUACAGUACGCAAUGACAUAAUAGGACGAAAUGAGACCUACCAGUGCUUAGCAUUGACGAUGGUAGGUAAUAUUGGUGGGAAAGAAUUUUCCGAGUCAUUGGCCCCUGACGUCCAGAAACUUCUUAUUUCAAGUAGCUGCCGGCCUGUAGUCAGAAAGAAGGCCGCUCUAUGCCUUCUGCGACUUUAUAGGAAGAAUCCAGAUGUUGUGAAUAUUGAUGGCUGGUCUGAUCGGAUGGCACAACUUCUAGAUGAGCGUGAUCUAGGUGUUCUGACAUCUGUCAUGAGCCUUUUUGUUUCACUAGUAUCUAAUAACGCUGAAGCAUAUUGGAAUUGCCUUCCAAAGUGUGUAAGAAUAUUGGAGAGGAUGGCAAGAAACCAAGAUAUUCCGCAAGAGUACACCUACUAUGGAAUUCCAUCUCCUUGGCUUCAGGUUAAGGCAAUGCGAGCUCUUCAAUACUUCCCCACUAUUGAAGAUCCUAGCGCAAGGCGAGCUUUGUUUGAGGUUUUACAGCGGAUUUUGAUGGGCACUGAUGUUGUUAAAAACGUCAACAAGAACAAUGCCUCACAUGCUGUUCUCUUUGAAGCUCUUGCUCUGGUUAUGCAUCUUGAUGCUGAAAAGGAGAUGAUGUCCCAAUGUGUGGCUCUUCUCGGCAAGUUUAUUGCUGUCCGAGAGCCAAAUAUUAGGUAUCUUGGUCUGGAAAACAUGAGUAGGAUGCUGCUUGUAACUGAUGUACAGGAUAUAAUUAAAAGGCACCAGGCCCAAAUCAUUACGUCUUUGAAGGAUCCAGAUAUCAGCAUUAGAAGGCGAGCUCUUGAUUUGCUAUAUGGCAUGUGUGAUGUUACAAAUGCAAAGGAAAUUGUCGAGGAGUUAUUGCAGUACCUUAACACAGCUGAAUUCGCAAUGCGUGAAGAGCUGGCUCUGAAAGCAGCCAUUCUUGCUGAGAAGUUUGCUCCAGAUCUUUCUUGGUAUGUUGAUGUUAUACUUCAGUUGAUAGACAAAGCUGGAGAUUUUGUAAGUGACGAUAUAUGGUAUCGAGUGGUACAAUUUGUCACCAACAAUGAGGAUCUGCAGCCAUAUGCUGCAGCUAAGGCGAGGGAAUACCUUGAUAAGCCUGCUUUGCAUGAGACAAUGGUCAAGGUCAGUGCUUACCUUCUUGGAGAGUAUGGCCACCUUUUGGCUCGAAGACCUGGUUGUAGCCCUAAGGAAUUGUUUACCAUUAUAAAUGAUAGGCUUCCAACAGUAUCGACAAGUACUAUUGCCAUUAUUCUCUCGUCUUACGCCAAGAUACUUCUGCAUACUCAACCUCCUGAUGCGGGACUGCAGCAACAAAUCCUGGCAAUAUUCAAAAAGUAUCAACUGACUCUUUCUGCUUUGAUGAUAUGCCACCUUUUGUUCGUGGAAGGUUUUUUCACCCUUGCAUUAUAUUUCAGGCAUGAGAGCUAUAUCGAUGUUGAAAUACAACAGAGAGCAGUUGAAUAUUUUGAAUUGAGCAAAAAGGGCGCUGCUUUGGCUGAUGUGUUGGCUGAAAUGCCAAAAUUUCCUGAACGUGAGUCUGCCCUGUUGAAAAAGGCUGAAGAUGCUGAAGUUGACACAGCAGAGCAGAGUGCCAUAAAACUACGAAGUCAGCAGCAAACAUCCAGUGCUCUUGUUUUAGCUGAUCAGCCUCCUGUAAAUGGAUCAGCACCAGCUGCUAAUCAUCUCACUCUUGUGAAGAUGCCCAGUCAAAAUAUUGCCGAGGAAAGCAAUGUCAUUCAUGAAGAAACUGCCUUAGAAGCCCCCAAAGAAAAUGGUGCUCCUGUUGAAGUCGAGAGCAAAGUGGAGAUCCUCAGUGAGACCGCUGCUGAGAGUAAAGUCGUGCCUCCUACGUCACAUUCGCCUUCUCAAGCAGAUCUCCUUGCGGACCUUUUGGGUCCUCUUGCAAUAGAGGGUCCUCCUGCUGCUGUAGAACAAAACCCUGUUCAAGGAUUGGAAGCUAAUGAAAGUCCGAUAGGUGACUUGGCACUAGCUACCCUUGAGGACCAGUCCAACUCUGUUCAGCCAAUUGUAAAUGUUGAGGAGAAGUUUCAUAUAUUGUGCACGAAAGAUAGUGGAGUUCUGUAUGAGGAUCCUAAUAUCCAGAUUGGUUUAAAAGCAGAGUGGCGUGCCCAUCAUGGUCGUCUUAUUCUAUUCCUGGGGAAUAAAAAUACUUCACCUAUUGUGUCAAUGCGAGCUCUGAUUUUGCCUCCUAGCCAUUUCAAAGUGGAACUCUCUUCAGUGCCUGAUACAAUUCCUCCUAGAGCACAGGUGCAAAUUCCAGUUGAGUUUACAAAUCUCCGGGCGAGUAGAGAUGUUGCUGUUCUUGAUUUCUCAUAUAAUCAUGGAACUGUACCGGUGAAUGCUAAACUUCGACUUCCUGUUGUAUUGCACAAAUUCUUGCAACCAGUAACUCUUACGCCGGAAGAAUUUUUUCCUCAGUGGAAAGCAUGGACUGUUCAGUCACUAAAGCUUCAAGAAGUGGUUAAAGGUGUUAGACCAUUACCUCUUCCUGAAAUGGCCAAUCUAUUCCUGAGCCUUCACCUGGCAGUUACUCCUGGACUUGAUACCAAUCCGAACAACAUGGUGGCGUGUGGUACAUUCUUUUCGGAAGCAACCCAUACCAUGCUUUGUCUGGUCAGAGUUGAAACAGAUCCCCAAGACAGAACACAACUCCGGCUAACAGUCGCAUCAGGAGAUCAAUAUUUGACAUUCGAGUUGAAAGAAUAUAUCAAGGAACAUUUGAUUGACCUCCCAAGGACUCGAGUGUCCUCCCCGCCUGCUCCGCAACAACCACAGUUGCCCCCAGCAGCACCUGCCACAUAUAACGACCCUGGUGCCAUGCUAGCUGGAUUGCUAUGAAAUGGAAAUGUUUCGAGACAGUAGCAUCUCGACGUACAUUACUACAGUUGUUUCAUCUGAGGAUCUAACAUCCGAAACAAGCAUCUUGCUGCCAAGACUCGAUCGUGGUUGAAGAUGGUGGGGCAGGAAGGGCUGGCGGAGUUUGUCUUGGUUCUUCACCGGAGAGCAAGGUUGUCUUCAGCUUGGUUCUUCACCGGAGAGCGAGGUUGUCUUCAGCUUGGUUCUUCACCGGAGAGCACUGUAUUCUUUUGGGCUGUAGCAAGGUCCCCACAUAGUGUGUAAUCUUCCUUUGUUUCUCGAUAUAUGGAUGCCAUCUCGCAUUGCAUUUCCUAGGUCUGGUGGUGAACAUCAGUAGUUUUUGUGUGUUUAUAUGAUGAGGUGAUAGGUUUUCCACCAAGCCAGUUUGUAAAGUUGCCAAUGAUGCGCAUUGCAUUACUGUGUACCAAUAAUGUUGGAGAAUAGGGGAAAGGACAUUGGUAGGAUUUUGUC